GCGAUCUAUUAACCAGUCGGAUUUUUUUUGCGGAAGCGAUUACCUUUCUCUUGCAGCUAGCAGGCAGGCGUUAUUCGCUUCAAAACAAAUACGUUCCCCACCAUUUUACAGCACAGAACAUCGUCAACUCAAUAACAUCGACUUGAGAAGCGAAAACAGAUUGACUUCGUAACAAGAAGUCUGCGAAAACUGUCGAAACGGGCGUGUGUGACGCGUCUCUUCCAACAUUCAGAUGCUAUCGUGUUGACGAUCAAGAAUCGCUUUCAUAUUCGCUAGCUACGUUUUUUGACACUUUUCCCCCUAGUCAGUCAGGAUGAAGCCUGGAGUAGGGGUGUGUCAGGACCCCUGUCAGGGUGGAUCGGGGGCGGGUGACAGGGGGGAUGACACCCUGGUGUCUCUCCCCCCUAAAGACACCCCCGGUUCCCCCACGGGGUCACCCUCAGAGCUGGGCAGCCCUGGCCCCCGCCAGGUCGCGACCUUUGACCUACUCAACAUGGUGGUGUCGUACAAGAGGAUGGCCCUGUUUCUGGAGCCGCUCACUGACGCGUUGGAGCUGGCCCGCUACCUACUGGGGUGGAGGAUGCCUCUGUGCUCACUACUGGUCUGUGUACUGCUCAACAUCCUCUUCCUCACUCUGAGUGAAGUGGGGUGGUUCUCUGUGUGUGUUCUGGGGGUGUCGGCCCCGGCUGCCAUGGGUUACCUGCAGGACAGGUGUGGGGGCGGGGCGUCGGAGGCAGAACAACAGAAGAGGCGGCGCCACGCGGUGCAUCGUAAGGACCUGCAGAACGUUCAGCUCACCAGACAGGACGCCAUGAUGGAAGUCAAAGACCUGUUAAAGCAGCUAGAUGACCUGUUGUCUCAUGCCUGCCUGUCUGCUGAGUCUGCAUACAAGCUCCUGUACUGGGAGAGACACUCUGAGUCCUCUAGGUUCUAUGGUGGUAUGUUAGCUGUAUUGAUGCUGCUGUAUUUUGUUCCUGUGGGCUGGGUGCUGGCCUGUCUCACUACUGCCCUCUUCCUGUGGAACAGAGACUUCUGCAGAGUCGUGUUGGACCUCAGGGAGGUAUUCCAGUCUGGCCAGAACCCUUCCUCAGAGGGACAGACAGACCACACAGAACCGGACCACGGCAGCCUGGACCGGACUCCCACUCCUACCAGCCUGGAGGACCUGUCCCCGGGAAGCGUAGAGGAGGCUGAGGAGGCGGAGCCUGAUGAUGAGUUCAAAGAUGCCAUCGAGUCGACUCAGGAGCCCCCUAUCUCCCUGCAGGACACCCCCUUGGCUUUAGUGGAGGAUGAUGACGUAACUUCAGAUGUCGACACCAUCUCCAUCACCUCAGACAACGGUCUGCUGAGCCGCAACGAGCCAAUCCGCAGUAAGGUGUCCAAACUGACGGAGAAGCUACGCAAACGCUACCCCACCAACAACACAGGCAACUGUUCUAGCUGCAGUGCAGUCUUCUCAGUGGUGAAGAGAAGGCGGAGCUGUAGUAACUGCGGCAACAGCUUCUGCUCCAGAUGCUGCUCCUACAAGGUCCUCAAGUCCUGCAUGGGUGUCACAGCUCCAGAUGCCCAGAGAGAGACAGUGUUUGUUUGUGCAGCCUGCAACUCCUCCCUCAGCAAGUGAGAAGUGACUACCCCUCCUACCCAGUCACGGAGACCCAGGGAGGGUACUGCCCCUCCUACCCAGGAUUCGAAGCUCCUUGGCUGGGUAGAGCCCCGCGGCAGAUCAGCCUCUACCCCCUGGAGGUGGUUCAAAACCCCAGGUUGUCUGGUUCUCUGGCUCCAGCCCAUGUGACUAGGGUUAUUAAGAUGAACCAGUCCCAAAUGGCACCCUAUGUCCUAUAAAUUGCACUGCUUCCUAUAGUAGUGCACUAUAUACGGAAUAGGGUGCCAUUUGGGAUGUAGUCCCAGACACCCAUCAGCUUGUGUUGCGUUGAGAUUUAUCCUGUACUGUCAUUCUGUCAUGAGGGAGGUCCUGAGAAUGCUGAGACAAGUGUGUGUGUGCGCGCCUGCGUGUGUGUGUGUGCAGGUGUGUGUGUGUGCGCCUGCGUGUGUGUGUGUG